UCAGCCAACCCGUAGGCUCGCGCUCUGUGUGUGCUUGUGAUGAGUUCAAUGGUCAACGCGACACACCGCGUUCGCGCAGCCCCGAACAUCCCACAUAGUCGCGCGACAUCAACAACAAUGGCAAACCGUAGUCUGUUUGGGUAGGAGAUUUCUGAUUGGGAGCUAGACGGUCAGAUCGCUUCGCCUGUAUUCACGCCUUUUUAUCUUCUUAUUUUAAAAUUGUAUUAGUGAGCUUUAAUAUCGAGACGAGAGUGGUCAUCUGUUGUUAUAUAUAUAUUUUUUUUCCAUUUUGACAUUUUCCCCGAAAAUGUGCGAGGCGCUGUUGGCAAGCUCACACAGUCUGUGCAUGUGUGUCCCUGCUGCUUUUCUGCUGGGCUACAGCUACUAACCUAGCUGCUUUUCACUCGGUGGUAAGCUAGCGUUAGCCUGGCCGCAUUUAUUGACUUGCGGGGGGAAAACACUCGCGAAUGUAAAGGAUAUCGGUGCGAUUUCGUUUAUGACAUCAACCAUUAAGUGUUUGCUAAUCGUUAGUGUCGGUUGAGGUAAGCAGUGGUGUAUGAUUUGUCGUAGAAAAUACUUUGCUGGCUAGCUAACAAGCUAGCUAUUUGUGCGUAUUCUUCGACUGAGGGAAAACGGCGAGUUUUCUUUGAAAGUAUGGAUGAUCAGACCAGGAUGAUGACGGGUCUCGCCGGGCUCGGUGGACUAUCACAAGCCGAUGUCGGUGACCCAGACUCGGUCAGGAAACAACAGUCCCUCGGUCAGCCCCAACAAGACAUCGGGGAUAUCCUACAGCAAAUAAUGGCCAUCACCGACGAAAGCCUGGACGAAGCACAGGCCAGAUGCUGGCCAGAGGAUUCGCCGGCGCAUUGGGGUGGAUCAGACGACCCCACAGAGGGAGGGAGAGCAGGGGGGGGCAUGGCAGGGGGUGGCCUGCCUAUCAACUUCCAGCACAGGAAGCAUGCCCUGAACUGUCACAGAAUGAAGCCAGCCCUCUUCAGUGUUCUCUGUGAGAUCAAAGAGAAGACAGUGCUGAGUAUACGAGGUGUGCAGGAGGAGGACCCACCAGAUCCCCAGAUCAUGAGGUUGGACAACAUGCUGUUAGCAGAAGGUGUGUCAGGACCAGAGAAGGGAGGAGGAUCGGCUGCAGCGGCCGCAGCUGCAGCAGCAGCAGGGGGCUCACCCACCGACAGCAGCAUAGAACACUCUGACUACAGAGCCAAGCUUGCUCAGAUUCGCCAGAUAUAUCAUUCCGAGCUGGAGAAGUAUGAGCAGGCCUGCAGUGAGUUCACCAACCAUGUAAUGAACCUGCUGAGAGAGCAGUCUCGCACACGACCCAUCUCUCCAAAGGAGAUUGAGCGCAUGGUGGCCAUCAUCCACCGCAAGUUCAGCUCAAUUCAGAUGCAGCUCAAACAGAGCACCUGUGAGGCUGUCAUGAUCCUGCGCUCACGCUUCCUUGACGCCAGACGCAAGAGGCGCAAUUUCAACAAGCAAGCUACAGAGGUCCUGAAUGAGUAUUUCUACUCCCACCUGUCUAACCCUUACCCUAGUGAGGAAGCCAAGGAGGAACUGGCCAAAAAAUGUGGGAUCACUGUGUCUCAGGUCUCUAACUGGUUUGGCAACAAGAGAAUACGUUACAAGAAGAACAUUGGUAAGUUCCAGGAGGAGGCAAACCUCUACGCAGUUAAAACAGCGGUGGAUGCUGCCAAUGUGUCGGCACAGGCUAGCCAGGCUAACUCUCCAGCCACGCCCAACUCAGGUGGAUACCCUGCACCGUGCUACACACCUGACGGGCGGCUAUGAGGAGCUGUCGGGUAGUGGCCUCUACACCCCUCAUGGCCUGGAUGCUAACAGCUGGCAGGACACCAACAACCCCCCCUCGGUCACUUCCCCUCCUGGUCCUCCUGGCAGCGUCCACUCCGACACCUCCAAUUGAUCCAGUGGCUCUACCUGCCAUCACAUCAUUCCCACUGUGGUCUGCUCUGACUAACAUCUUCUGUCCCCAUUCUUCAAUAUUCCAUUGCCUCUCAAUUUAACAGCCACAUAGGGCUGUGAUUUCAAUUCAUGAACACACACUGUGCUGGAACACAGGACAGUGAACAGAUGGGAGGAAUUCUCCCUCCACCAUACAGCUCCAUUUCAAUGCUUCGAGGUCUGUGUCUCUUAGUGAAAGAGGGAUGGAGUCUUACUGAGACAUAGAAAACAUCUUUACUAUCAAGGACUUUUUGAAAACCACUGACCCAGCUGUGUAGAUGAUCAUGAUGUCUGUACAUUAUGUGUAUAUGCACGUUAACUUCACACAGUACUCACACAGCUUGUCCAUGUGCUGUUGACCUCUGCACUUGAUCCUUUGCUUUGGAAAACUGUGUGUGAUUGCCUGUAUCUCUUGAAGCCUUGGCAUUUGCAGCCAAUCUGUUGAUACAGAUCACAAGGGAGCUCUGCUCACCUCGCUCGUACCAAAGUGCUGCCCCAGUAGUUGUCAACACAUCUGUUCCUCCGAGAUCACCCUCUGCCAACUUGACACAAGACGCUGUUGUAUCUUCCUGUCCUUAUAGGUUGAUAAUUCAUUCUGUUGGAGAUUUCAAAGUGAGUAAUUGAUACAUGUGCAAAGGUGCAUGCGUCCCCCCCCUCCCCCCCCAUAACACACACCCUACAACUUUUCAGUCGUUUUCAUAGUGAGCUGACAUAAAAAGAAAUGUGUCAAGCACAAAAGUUAGCAUCCUUGUUAUGGGUGUAGCUACCUGUAAAAUGGUAGUAAAGGGGAUCACUGUUCUAAACCAGGCAGGACAGGUGAUAAUAGGGCUGGCGAAAGGAGGAUGAAAGGGCAAAAAGAGGAGAAUACCUUUGGUUGAGUGGAUGUAACUAAUAGCCCUUUUUGUUGCUAACCAAUAGAGGGUGUUGGUAGAUGGCUUGUAGACUUUACUUCUUGCUUUCUGUCCACUAGUUUAUUUGAUUGUAGGCUAUUUUCUAAUGCUGUUUCACCAAGAAUGCACCAGCCACCACCAAAAAUGAGCUCAAUACAGCAUCUAAAUGACGUUAGGUGAAGGGUGGAAAGAUUGUGGGGCAUUGAUGUGUUAUUGGGACAAACGUGACAUGAAUUUAGAAAUGUGACUGUCUUCCAUGCAUGUAGGACUUCUAGGCGUGAUAUUGUUUUCAUUUAACCUUCCAAGUUUUUAGCUUCGUUUUUAUUAACAAAAAAAAUAAAGGGUAUAAUUAUUACAGUCAGACCAAAAAGGAAAAGUGCAUCAUGUAUCGCUAUGAUGUGUGUGUCUCUGUGUGGGCGUGUGUACAGUCUUCUUAGGAUUUUCUUUUUCUUUUGUUUAACUGGCUGGUGCCCUCUGACCUUUGUAAGCAUUAUAUAAACUGGGUGCUUCCACCAGCCACUGACACACCAGGUGGGGGGUUCAACUGACAUCUACUCCCCAUCUUGAAACAUUUACGCUCUUGAGCCCAGCCCGAGGUAACACACUACAACCUUCUGUUGUACCAAAACCAAAAAUACCACGUUCAGCAAUGUAAUAAUGCUACUCUGUCUCUCUCUAAAGAUGGUGCACAGCCACCUUUGCAGUUCGAGGCGAGGAGGGAAUUAUAUUUGUAUCUGUGUCUCUCUGUGUGGUGUUGUCAUGCCUCGAGUUGAUUUGAUUUUUUGGGGUUUUUGUUGUGGGUCUUCAUGGGAGGGUGGGUGCACUGAGAUCUGUCAUAUUAGACGUAUAAUUUGAUUGUGAACAUAGAAAGUAUCUUCUCCACUUUACCAAUCUUUUAAUAUCUUCUGGUAAAACCACAACUAUUUUUGUUUUCACUUUGUUUUGUAGUUCUAUGGCCAAUUGGGCAAGGGCUUAUCUCUCUCUCUCUCUCUCGCUCUCUCCUCUGUUACCAAAACAGAGGCAGCACUGGGUGUAGUAAAACAUGUAAAAGACAAACCUGCAGCAUUUUUGGGGAUUUUCUUUUUUUUUGGAACUGUUUUAUACAUUAAAUGUUAUGUGAAUAACAAAGCAUUUUGACAGUAAGGUAAAGCCUUAUGAAUAUUUAAGUGUCAGACUUUGUUGAAACAUGUUACAGAACAAAACUUGAGCUUAUGAGCUGGUCACAAGUUGAUAUCCCACAUUUAAUUACAUGCUUUUGUUACUCAUCGCAGUUCAUACGACUGUAUCUUAUGAAAAUCUUAUGGUUAUCGCCACACCAAAUUGUCAUGCCCCUCCCUCUCCUCCUUUUUCUACCUGUUGUAAUGGAUGUCACUGUACAGUUUGUGUAAUGUUUCAGUAUUUUUUUUUCCCUUUUAUAUCCUUUUGUUUGGCCUUUGUGUCACGGAUUCACAUUACUCUGUAUCAACUUUGAAUAUUAUUUAGGUCUUUUGUUACAUAACCGAGUGGCAAUGUCGAGGUUUACAGGUGUAAUGCUUGAUGCUGUGGAAAGAUAACUAUUGAUUAUGCUUCUGCAAUGGACAAUACUUGGGGUAUAUUGCCAGGUUAUUCCCUGGACACCCUCUCCAGAGGAAGGUUUUCCAUACUCCCCUGGUUAUAGAGUCAAAUAUUUACCUAUUUUUGUGCCUCAUGAAAAUCCUAAAUUUAAAUAACCCAUCAGAAUUUGGGACAAUUAUAAAAGAAAACCCAGUUAUAUAAGAUGUUAAAUCUAAGUAGUGUUUUGCGGGAACUUUGUCACAGACUAAAUUGUGGUUAAACUGUUUAAUUUUUUUGUUACAUUCUGAAACAGGAAAAGAGUUGAGACUUUGACAUUGAAGUGCAUGGUCUGCACUCUGCUCCAGUCAUCGCGCUCUCUUCCUGUUGUUACUCACCUUGAAAAUACGGACAACAAGAAAAACAUCAUACAGAUCUUAAUUUUAACUACUCAAGUGUUUGGAUUCAGUCGGUGACUAAAUAACUUCCACAGCAUCAAACGUCACGUUAAACCUUUUUGAUUUCUUUGUUUUUAUUAGUAUAUUUGUAUCUCCCGUCUUUCCCUUGUAUUUACCCCUCUCUCUACCUCUGUCUUUCCAUUUCUCUUGUAUAUAACCCCCACUGUUUUCAGACCUGUGAGUCUGUAUGAACUCCUUUUAUACCUCAACUUUAGAAUUGUUCUAGAAAGAGUAAAACAAAAGGAAGAAUAUGACAAAUUGUAGUGUUCUUAUUAGAAAAUUAAUAAAAUGAUUUAGUGUGA